GUUGUUGCUGCUGGUAGUGUACCGGGUUGUUUUUGCUCAAAGACGAAGUUUGUGUCUGUUGUUAUCGUAUUAGCAGUAGUAGUUUUAUUUGAAGAUGGCUGAUGUUCUGGACAUAGAUAACGCUGAAGAAUUUGAAGUUGAUGACGAAGGCGAUCAGGGAAUAGCACGUCUUAAGGAGAAGGCAAAGAAAAGAAAGGGUCGUGGGUUUGGUAGUGAUAAUUCUGCAAGAGAGGAUAUUAAAGAAUAUGAAAGCAUGGAUGCAGAUGGAGAUGAAGAGCCUGGUCCACAGAGAUCUGUGGAAGGCUGGAUUUUGUUUGUGACAUCAGUUCAUGAAGAAGCUCAAGAAGAUGAUGUACAUGAUAAAUUUUCUGAAUUUGGAGAAAUAAAGAACAUUCACUUGAACCUUGACAGGCGUACAGGAUACUUAAAGGGCUAUGCAUUAGUGGAAUAUGAAACUUUCAAGGAAGCACAAGCAGCAAGAGAAUCUCUUAAUGGCACUGAGUUUCUUGGACAACAGAUAGGUGUAGACUGGUGUUUUGUUAAAGGGCCAAAGCGCACGAGGAGAAGCCGCAGGAGGAGAUAAACAUGUUUUGCACUAUAUUUACACAAUUCCAUUGUGUUUCUUUUCAUUCUUCAUUCGUUUUUUAUCUCAUUUUUAUGUACGAUAGAGGUUCAUAUGAAAGCUCUUGUAAGUUAUUACAUUGAAGGACUGUGAAAUAUUUGGAGAAAAUAAAUAUAGUUUUCCAUUAA